GCGGGGAACGCGAGGCCCUGGAAGACGCCCGUGGGGCUGGGCCGGUUGUCACCACCCCUGCCCAGGGUCAGCCAGCGCGGCUUGGAGCUUCCAGCCCCGGGUACGCCUCGCGCGGCCCCGCCCCUUCCGUCGAGGCCCCGCCUCCUCCGCUCCAGGCCCCGCCCCUUCCGCCGAGGCCCCGCCCCCCGCUCCAGACCCCGCGAGCAUGGUAGUGCUGAAGGGCAUCCCAGCGCUGCUGUCCCCCGAGCUGCUCUACGCCCUGGCGCGGAUGGGGCACGGAGACGAGAUCGUUUUUGCAGACGUGAACUUCCCCACCUCCUCCAUAUGCAGGUGUGGCCCGGAGGAGAUCCGUGCCGACGGCCUGGGCAUCCCGCAGCUCCUGGAGGCCGUGCUGAAGCUGUUGCCCCUGGACACCUACGUAGAGAGUCCGGCUGCUGUCAUGGACCUGGUGCCCAGCGACAGGACGAAGGGCCUUCAGACCCCGGUGUGGAGGAGCUACCAGUCCAUCCUGUCCGGGGCCGGCUGCACGGACACCCUGGCGAAGAUAGAGAGGUUUGAGUUUUAUGCGCGGGCCAAGAAGGCUUUUGCUGUUGUAGCAACUGGGGAGACAGCCCUCUAUGGAAACCUCAUCCUCAAGAAGGGGGUGCUGGCCCCCGACGCCCUCUGCUAGGCCUGGCGAAGACCACAGGGCCCAGGAGGAAAUCUGGAUCUCUGAGCCAGACGACAGACGAGCUGGCCCCGCUCUAGAGCACCCAGACUGCAGCCAACCGGGAGCCCCGGGGGCCGGGCCAGUCCUGGGAGGGGCCUGGGACUGGGACGCACCCAAUUUAUGAAAAUGUCAGAAACCGUAGUGGUUUGUCAGUGUCCAGAGGCCUCAACAACAGCCCCACCCUCACAAAGACUUGUUUGGUUCUAAGCACGAGGGAAGCCAUUGGCUCCGUGGAGUGCCCAUCCCUCCGUCCCCCUUGCUGCCUCCUCAGGUGGGAGGUGAGGCCUCCCUCCCCCCUGUAGUUUGAGACAGGAGCUCACACAGGUGGAGUGGAGACUGCGUGGGGGGCCGUGACUAUGCAAGAGGCCUGGAGGUGGGUGGAGCCGCUGCCCAGCUGGCCCUGAGUGGGGAGACAUGUGGGUGGCCCUGGAGAGGACCAGGCGGGCAGGUGUCAGCACCUGAUCUGGAUGCUCCAGGAAGUGGUCGGGGUGGGGGGUGGGCCCACGUCUGUUGUUCUCUGUUCUCUGUCUCCAGCGGUUGAGUGCCUACUGAAUAUGCAGCAGCCUGAACCAUCCUGGGAAGUGGGCGGGUGAGGGGUAAAGGACAGGAGAACGCCCCUGGCCCAGCAAGCAAAGGGCCAGCUGGCCCGGAGCAGCGUGGAGGAGGAGGCUGUCGUGGCUUCAGCACGAGGCUUGGGUUGGGCCUCGGGGUGGGAGGCAUCCUGCCACCACUGCCCUGGACUCCAGAGUCUCCCCAAACCCUCUCCUUUCCCUCCAGACCUCUUUCAGCCAUGUGUGUGCAGGAAUUGGCAUGACCAGGGGCCCUCCGGCCUCAGAGGCUGGGGAAGGGCCCCUGCUUGCGACCAGGAGCUGGUGUCCAUAUGUCGAGGAGAAUCCAGAGGGCAGGCAAGCCCACCGGGCUGCAGAUCUGGGGCUCUGCCUGAAGAGACCCUGCUCUGGGCCAGUUACUGCCGAGGCUUAACCUCAGACCCCUGACCCCACGGCCACUUCUAGCCACACGAAGGCUUUUCUUUAAACAGCUUUAUUGAGACUUAACUGACAGAAUAAAUUGUACACAUGUAAAGUGUACAGUUAAAUGCC